AAGCAACCCCAAAAUUACAGGACCCAAUUAUUAGUCUUUUUUUAAGCUUUUUGGCACAGCAACCUUCCAUUUCUCCUUUCUCGCAUGGCAAGUAACAUAUUUCAUAGAUCAGAAAACCUUUUAAAAUUAGCUGAAAGACUUCGUCUUUAUAAUCCUAAUAAUAAUAACCACCCUUCAUUUAGCUCCUCCAACUUUUUCAAUAUCCACAGUCAAAAUCAAAGUCCAACAAUUCAAGAAUGUAAUGUGAAUGAGGUUGUUAAAAAAGAACAAGAAUUGAAACCAGAACUUGGGACAGACCCUAUAAAUAGUAGUAGUAGUAAUUCAAGAAGAGCCAGGGCUGCAGUUUUGGUAUGUUUAUUUGAGGAUCAACAAGGCCAUCUUCGUGUAAUCCUCACUAAAAGAGCUUCUACAGUCUCUACAUAUUCUGGUGAAGUUUCUUUGCCUGGUGGGAAAGUAGAAGAAGGUGAUGCCAAUGACACGGAGACAGCAUUGAGGGAGGCUGAGGAGGAGAUCGGAUUAGAUCGUUCACUUGUAGAUGUUGUCACUGUUCUUGAAUCCUUUACUGCCAAGAAGGGAAUUAUAGUGAUUCCGGUAGUGGGUAUACUUUGUGACCGGAAUGCAUUCAACCCGUUAAUAAACACUGCAGAAGUGGCAGCAAUAUUUGAUGCACCUUUAGAGAUGUUUCUUAAGGAUGAAAAUCGAAGAGAACAAAAGGUUGAAUAUAUGGGAGAUCAAUAUGUACUCCAUUUCUUUGAUCACGAAACGGAGAAGGAGAAAUAUAUUAUAUGGGCUUUAACUGCUGGUAUUUUGAUUAAAGCUGCCUCGGUUGUGUACCAACGCCUCCCUGAUUUUCACGAACGAAGGCCUAGAUUUUGGAAUAGAAGUCGCCAAUGAAAGAUGUUAUUGCCGAAUCUCUCGUGAGACACUUGCCCAUUGGAACAUAAAGGAUAGUUCCUUCAAAAUGAAGUAAAUCAAAUUACAAAUAUGUGCCUUUAUAUGUAACCUAUUAUGGCCAUUGCUUUCAGUGUAACAUAUCUUAGUUUAAUAGCAUGAUUUAUAGUGGAAAGUAUAAUGUGUUAUUAUUACUGGUUCAAUAUUUUUGUAUAAGUUGUAUAAGUUGUUGAAAUAA